UUGCUGAAGUUGAUCUUGACCCUUUUGAAGCAAUCCAUUACAGAGACACCCAUGACUCAACUAGUCCUCUUUAUCUCUAUUUAACUUCUCCGUUUCUGUCCCUCCGAACUCACUCUCUGUUUAUCUUUCCAAAACACCGAUCGAUAAUGGCGACUCUAACAGUUCCUCCGACACCUGUUUCUCCCCACGACGACGCCAUUCGAUUAUAUAAAGCUUUCAAAGGAUUUGGAUGUGAUGCUGAGGAAGUGAUUAGCAUUCUUGCUCAUCGAGAUGCAACGCAAAGGGCUCAUAUCCUGCAUGAAUACCGGAGGCUGUAUUCCGAUGACAUUCUUAAACGUUUGUCUUCUGAACUUAGUGGCAAUUUACAGAUUGCAGUUUCGCUUUGGAUGCAUGAUCCAGCAACAAGGGAUGCCACUAUAUUAAAGAAAGCAAUGACCAAAAAUUAUAUCAAUCUUGAAACAGUAACCGAAGUCAUAUGUUCUAGAACUUCUUCCCAGUUACAAACUCUCAAGCAAAUUUACCACUCAACUUUCGGGACUUAUCUUGAAAGUGACAUCGAACUACAAGCUACAGGGCAUCAUGAAAAGAUUUUGCUGGCUUGUUUAAGCAAACCGCGUUAUGAAGGCAUGGAAGUUGAUCGGGAAAUGGCUGCAAAAGAUGCCAAGGCUUUGUACAAAGCUGGUGAAAAGAAGUUAGGAACCGAUGAGAAGGUGUUUGUGCACAUUUUUAGCGAGAGAAGUAGAGUACAUUUGGUGGCUAUAAACUCAUUUUACCAUGACAUGUAUGGAGGAUCACUCAAAAAGGCUAUAAAAGGUGAAACUUCCGGGUUAUUUGAGCUCGCACUUUUGACAAUCUUACAAUGUGCUGAAAACCCCGCAAAGUAUUUUGCUAAAUUACUAAAUAAAUCAAUGAAAGGCUUAGGGACUGCUGACACCACGCUUAUAAGGGUGAUUGUGACCAGGACUGAGAUUGAUAUGCAAUAUAUAAAGGCUGAGUAUCAUAAAAAAUACAAGACGACUUUAAAUGAUGCGGUCAAGUCAGAAACAUCUGGCAAUUACCAGACCUUCCAUCUUUCUCUUCUAGGCCCAAAUCACUAGGCUGAAGUUUGUUCAUGCUUUGUGCUAAUCUGAAGUUUGUUCAUGUUUUGUAUUAAUCUAAAGUUGUAAUAUGAACUUGUUUUGAAACCAU